UUCUUCUUUUUGGGCCUUUGCCCCUUGUCAACUGUACAGCAAUUAUGCUUAUUGCACCUAUCACUUCGACCCGGAGAGCCAUUCCUCCCGGUUUUAUUGAUUUCGCUUCCUCUUCCUUCGACGCCAUUCUUCAUCCAACGGCACCGAAUCUCACCUCGUUAACGGCCGCAGCCUCCGUUCCUUGCCCACCUUCCAACUCCAACGUCGACGGCACCGUUCAACGACGAGAUUCGCAUUUGCCUGAUCUAGUGCCUUUUAUUCAACUUAUUACCGAGAAAUGCGAUAUCCAACCUGUUCAUCUUGUCAUGGCGCUCAUGUAUGUUCAGCGAUUCCGUAAAUCUCUCCCUGCAGGAUACCGAGCUGAACCUGAAGCUGCUCAUCGUAUUUUCGUGGCGAGUUUAUUGGUUGCUAGCAAAUACAGUGAAGAUCAUUGCUUAUCGACAAGACAGGUUGUUCAUGCUACGGGGGAUGUAUGGUCCAUCAGAGAGAUUACUCGCAUGGAACUUGCGUUCCUUCGAUUCCUGCAUUGGGACUUGUAUAUCCAUCGAGAUGAAAUGGCCCUCUUCCUACGCAAGUUAAACUUUGAUAUCUCGACCAUUCUCCCUUCAUCUGCCGACGAUACCUCCGUUUGCUGAAGUCACGACACGUAAUUCUUCUCUUUUGCCAUCUUAUGUCUCUUUCUCUCACUCCCGCUCUGUACAUUUAGUUCCCUGAUUACCCGCUAUCAAUAUCCUAUUUUAUUAGUAUUUUACUUCCUAGUGCAACGGGCUUCUUUUGUUGUCGGUUUUUUUUUCUUUGUGUACAUGCUUCAGUCCGUAUAUAUUUUUUUUUCUAAGCAGUUAUAAUAAAUCCUUUAAAUUCUCCUUUUCGUUCA